AUGGCGGCAGCAGUGACAGAUAAGGCGGCAUGGCAGAAUGAGCGAGUGUUGAUGUUGAAAGCAGGGAAGUGGGCUGUGGAGAAUGAGGUGAAUUCGUUGAAGCACGCCCUGGACGAUGUGCAAGCGAGGGAGACAAAUUUGGCGGCAGUGAAAGGGGAGGUGACUUCAGUGAAAAGAGAGGUGACUGCAGUGAAGGGAGAGGUGACUGCAGUGAAGAGAGAGGUUGCAGCAGUGGAGGGAGAGGUGACUGCAGUGAAGGGAGAGGUGACUGCAGUGAAGGGAGAGGUGACUGCAGUGAAAGGAGAGGUGGAUGCAGUGAAGGGAGAGGUGGAUGCAGUGAAGGGAGAGGUGACUGCAGUGAAAGGAGAGGUGGAUGCAGUGAAGGGGGAGCUCGCUGCACAAGAGGAAGCUAUGUUGGAGCAAUGGGAUAUGGCUGGGAGAAGAAUGGAAUCAGACAUGAAGCUGAAUAUUGAGUUGGAAAUGAGGGAGAGUGAAGGCGAUCGGAAGAAAGCAUUGAAGGCGAUUAAGGCAGCAUCACAAGUGACCCAGUUGAAGCUGAGUAAUCUCAACAGCCUCUCCCGCGACAUCCUCCACCUUGUGUCCACCAUGACCCACCUGACGCGCAUUGACUUGACCUCUAGCUCAGGCUUCAGUGCAGAGGGCAUCAAGCACCUCUACAGGCUGCCACGACUUUCGAAGCUAGACCUAGGUGGCACAGUCGUCUCAGACAGUGCCUUGGAAGGCAUUGGAUCCUUGACCAGUCUCGAAACCCUCUUCCUCCACCGGACCAAGGUGACCGAUGCUGGCCUCUCGCACUUGACAGGUCUUUCCUCUCUCAAAGUGUUAUGGCUGUCUAAGUGCGGGGGUGUGAUGAAUGCUGGUAUGGUGCAUGUGGGGAGGCUGACAGGCCUUGAGAGGCUUGAUUUGGAUGGCACAGCAGUCACGGAUGCUGGGCUGCAGCAGCUGACUGCCCUGACCAAGCUGACAGAACUGUGGAUGCCAUUAGGGGGUUGCCUUCAAAACGAUGGUUUACGCAGACUGAUAAGUAGGUAG